GCCCCCAGGAGUUUGGUAAUACAGCACUUCAUGUCUGGUAUUAGAGUCAAAGAUUUGUAGCCAAGCAAAAACCCAAGACACACAAAUGGGUGACAAACAGUCCUGAACUCCCCUAAGGGCAAACCCUGUGCUGUGGUUGCAAAUGUUAUUAGAUCUUGUUGCCUAGCACCUCAACUAAUCUGUAUUUCUGUGUAAGAUCCACCCCCCACUGUAUGCAAACUGCACCGGAGCACAGAGAGAGUUACUGGGCCAAAGGAAGAGGACAGAGACAAAGUGAAGACGCUUAGUUUCGACAUAGCUGCCAAUCUAAUCCAGCCUUGCAGUUGGUAUUGACCUCUCAGCCUGCAGUGUGCCAUUCAAGCAUGUCUACAGAGUUGGAGCUGCCCUUCCGGCUGGACACGCAACUAACGGAGGUGAUGCGCCUGCGGGUACAGUCUCUGCAGCAGCGAGGCCAGAAGAGGCAGGACGGUGAACGCCUGCUGCUUCCCAACGAGGCUGUGUACCGACUGGACUUCUCCAAACAGUCCCUUCGAUUCUCGCGGUGGAUGGUGCAGCUGGCCCAGACGGGACGCCUCACCGUCACAGCCACCUCGCAGCUUUGGACGCCCGACCUCACCAACCUGAUGACACGUCAGCUGCUGGAGCCCGUCGGGGUUUUCUGGAGGGCGGCGGGCGACUCGCCCGUCCAGUGCUACGAGGCUGACGCACACGAGUUUGGUGAGAGGAUCGCAGAGUUGGCUAAGGUAAGGAAGGUGAUGUACUUCCUAUUUGCAUUUGCAGAUGGCUGCAGCCCUGAGACUGUCGACUGCUCCAUCACCUUCACAGUGGACACUUGAGACUUUAAAAUUGGACGUAGGUUACUUGCUACAAACUCCUCUUCUGUGCGUGUGUGCGUUUAGUUAAUUUUGGGUUAAACCUGCUUUUUUGGAUCUGUCCUAAGAGAAAGCCUACUAUAUUACAUUAUCUGACAACCUCUACAAAAGAUAUAACUUGCUUCUUUGUAUUCUAUGACGUUAGUAAUUGUUAAAUACAAAUAA